AAAUCUGAGUAUAAUACACUUUCUUUCUUCCAACUUUUACUCAGAUGAGUGUUUGUAGCGUGGUGGGCACUGAAGUUGACGAUUGUCUCCACCUGCUUCAACUUUCUAAAGCUUUUCUGAACCAUAUUACUUACUUACGAAGAAGAGAAUCAUGCUUAAAUCCUAGCCGUUGAAGUAGAAACCAGUUUAGUGCAGCUUCUUCUCUUGUUGAGUUGGUGAGUUGAAUACUUGAAUGAAGUGAAGUGAUCGUGUGUGUGUGUGUGUGUGUGUGAUGGAGAGUUACCUGAAUGAGAAUUUCGGCGAUGUGAAGGCCAAGAACUCAUCAGAGGAAGCGCUUCAGCGAUGGAGGAAGCUCUGUUGGCUUGUUAAGAAUCGCAAGAGGAGGUUUCGUUUCACUGCUAAUCUCUCCAAGCGAUUUGAAGCUGAAGCUAUCAGACGAUCCAAUCAGGAGAAAUUCAGAGUUGCAGUGUUGGUUUCACAAGCUGCACUUCAGUUUAUCCAUGGUCUAAGUUUGUCAAGUCAGUACACUGUACCGGAGGAAGUUAAAGCUGCAGGUUUUGAAAUUUGUGCGGAUGAGUCGGGAUCAAUUGUUGAUGGACGUGAUGUGAAGAAGUUAAAAAUUCAUGGCGGGGUUGAGGGUAUCACAAAUAAACUCCAAUCCUCAGUUAAUGAUGGGAUAUCAACAUCUGAGCACUUAUUAAACCAGAGAAAAGAAGUUUAUGGAAUUAAUAAAUUCACUGAAAGCCCAGUACGGGGAUUUUGGGUUUUUGUAUGGGAAGCUCUUCAAGAUACGACUCUCAUGAUACUUGCAGUAUGUGCCUUGGUUUCUUUGAUAGUUGGCCUAAUAAUGGAAGGAUGGCCCAAGGGUGCACAGGAUGGAAUUGGUAUUGUUGCAAGCAUAUUGCUUGUAGUGUUUGUCACUGCCACUAGUGAUUACAGACAAUCCUUGCAGUUUAAGGAUCUAGAUAGAGAAAAGAAAAAAAUUACAGUUCAAGUCACGCGAAAUGGCUUUAGACAGAAGCUUUCAAUAUAUGAUCUACUUCCUGGUGAUAUAGUCCAUCUUAAUAUUGGAGAUCAGGUCCCUGCUGAUGGGCUUUUUGUGUCUGGUUUCUCCGUGUUGAUAAAUGAAUCAAGUUUGACAGGAGAAAGUGAACCAGUGAAUGUCAGUGAACUUAAUCCUUUUCUUCUCUCAGGAACCAAAAUCCAGGAUGGAUCAUGCAAGAUGCUUGUUACUACCGUUGGAAUGAGGACCCAAUGGGGCAAACUAAUGGCUACUCUCAGUGAGGGGGGAGACGAUGAAACUCCCUUGCAGGUAAAACUCAAUGGUGUGGCUACCAUUAUUGGGAAAAUAGGCCUCUUUUUUGCUGUUGUGACAUUUUCUGUGUUGGUUCAAGGGCUAUUUAGCCGCAAGCUACAAGAAGGAUCCCAAUGGACAUGGUCUGGUGAUGAUGCUAUGGAAAUUGUGGAAUUCUUUGCCAUUGCUGUUACUAUUGUUGUUGUUGCUGUUCCUGAAGGUUUACCUUUAGCCGUAACAUUGAGCCUUGCUUUUGCCAUGAAAAAGAUGAUGAAUGAUAAGGCACUCGUCCGUAAUUUGGCUGCUUGUGAGACAAUGGGAUCCUCCACUACCAUCUGCAGUGACAAGACUGGUACACUAACCACCAACCAUAUGACUGUUGUAAAAGCUUGCAUAUGUGGGAAAAUUAAAGAAGUAAACCGCUCUUCCGUCUCUUCUGAUUUCUCAUCUGAUCUUCCUGAUUCUGCUCUGGCAAUUCUACUUGAGUCAAUAUUUAACAACACUGGAGGAGAAGUUGUCAAAAACAAAAACGAGAAGAUUGAGAUUCUGGGAUCACCAACUGAGACUGCAAUCUUAGAAUUUGGCCUGUCACUUGGUGGUGAUUUCAUCAAGGGACGACAAGUGGUAAAACUUGUGAAAGUUGAACCAUUUAAUUCUACAAAGAAAAGCAUGGGGGUAGUUCUACAGCUUCCUGAUGGUGGUUUCAGAGCACACUGCAAGGGUGCCUCUGAAAUAGUUCUAGCUGCAUGUGACAAAGUUGUGGACUCAAAUGGCGAGGUUGUUCCCCUUGAUGAGGACUCCAUCAAUCAACUGAAGGAUACAAUUGAAAAAUUUGCUGAUGAAGCUCUCCGAACCCUUUGCCUUGCUUACAUGGAUAUUCAAGACGAAUUUUUAGUUGGGAGUCCCAUUCCUACUAGUGGUUACACUUGUAUAGGAAUUGUGGGUAUUAAAGAUCCAGUUCGCCCUGGAGUUCGAGAGUCUGUCGCCAUUUGUAGGUCCGCUGGUAUUACUGUACGGAUGGUUACAGGGGACAACAUAAGUACUGCAAAGGCUAUUGCCAGAGAAUGUGGAAUUUUAACAGAUGGCAUAGCAAUUGAAGGCCCUGUGUUCCGUGAGAAGAGUGAGGAAGAACUGCAUGAUAUCAUUCCAAAACUUCAGGUGAUGGCUCGAUCUUCACCCAUGGAUAAGCAUACCCUGGUGAAACACUUGAGGACAACAUUUGAAGAGGUUGUUGCAGUUACUGGUGAUGGUACAAAUGACGCUCCAGCACUUCAUGAAGCAGACAUUGGACUUGCAAUGGGCAUUGCUGGAACUGAGGUAGCAAAAGAAAGUGCAGAUGUGAUCAUACUGGAUGAUAACUUUUCUACUAUUGUGACUGUGGCCAAAUGGGGCCGUUCAGUCUACAUUAACAUACAGAAAUUUGUGCAGUUCCAGCUAACUGUGAAUGUGGUUGCUUUGAUUGUCAACUUCUCUUCUGCCUGUUUAACUGGAAACGCUCCCCUCACUGCGGUUCAACUCCUAUGGGUCAACAUGAUUAUGGACACUCUUGGAGCACUUGCACUAGCCACUGAACCUCCUAAUGAUGACUUGAUGAAAAGAGCACCUGUUGGUAGGAAAGGAAACUUUAUCAGCAAUGUGAUGUGGAGGAAUAUCUUGGGACAGUCUAUUUAUCAAUUUGUUGUAAUCUGGUUCCUCCAGACAAGAGGAAAAGUAGCUUUUCAUCUUGAUGGCUCGGAUUCGGAUCUGAUAUUGAAUACACUAAUUUUCAACUCAUUCGUAUUCUGUCAGGUCUUCAAUGAGAUCAACUCCAGAGAUAUGGAGAAGAUAAAUGUUUUUGAAGGUAUACUGAAGAAUUACGUGUUCGUAGCUGUCCUCACUUGUACUGUUAUCUUCCAAAUCAUAAUAAUUGAAUUCUUGGGCACCUAUGCGAACACAUCUCCACUUAGUUUGAAGCAAUGGGUUGCUAGCGUUGUUUUUGGAGUCCUUGGCAUGCCAAUUGCAGCAGCUUUAAAGAUGAUCCCUGUGGGAUCUGUCUAAAAUCAGUUUUGACAAAUUAGGUACAUUCUUGCUUAUUUUUUGUUCUCAUACUUAAAUCAAGGGUCUUCUUUGCAUGCUCCUUGGCUCCUUGCCUCUUCAAAAAGAUGCCAAUUAAACCUAGAGUUCUUGGCGUGAAACUCAGCAUGCUUACAGAUUAGAGGCUGAAUUUGGUACUUGUUGCUGGUGUUGGAGGAUAAAACUAUGCAUUCUGCAUGAUUGUCAUCAAAUUUCAUAGUGAUUUAUUUAUAUAAACUAAAACCUUUUGUAUAUUAGAUGAGUUGGCAGUAUCCAGGUUGUAAUUCUGUGAAUUUGAAUGAUUUAUUUUAUUCUAUUAUUAUUUAUGAAAUCAUGUAUACAAAAGAUUCAA